CCACGCAUUUUAGAUUUUUUUUUAACUAGCGUUGGGAAGACGUGUUUAGUUAAAAAACUUUUUAGAAUUUGAUAUCAAUAUAGAUUAUUUUUAGAAACUAAAAUAGUUAAUCUUUAUUACUGUUAGCUUCAUUAUUUUACUGGAUGGCUUUUUUAUUGAGUUUUUUGAUGUCUAAAACUUUGUUGUACUUUGGGCAUGAAAUUAAUGUCGAAGGUAUGCUCUUUUUUUUUUCUAUACUAUUCUUUUUUUUAAGUUUUUCAUUUAUCUAUGCACCUGGAAAAUUUCAUUGAAAAAAAAGUUGUAGCAGGGUGUCUAUUUUUUGUCGCACUUUUCCUACCUAAUUUUCAAUUUUGCUGAAGUGGUCGCGGGAGACAGAGGGGUUAAAUAAACAUUGUUUACAUUUGAUUCUGAUUAAAUAAAAUUUCAGUUUUUUUUUAGAUUAAAUAAAAUGGAAAAUAAAGAUGUUGAUAAAGCAACACUUACUUCAUUAAUUGUAUCAUCUAUAGCUGCUCUAUCUGUACCACCAUUAUCUGUUUCAGCUGUUCCACCUUCCACUGAUCUAACUGUGCCAUCAUCAUCUACUCCAACUGUGGCAUCUUCAUCUGCUCCAACUGUGGCAUCUUCAUCUGCUCCAACUGUGCCAUCAUCAUCUACUUCAACUGUGGCAUCUUCAUCUGCUCCAACUGUGCCAUCAUCAUCUACUCCAACUGUGCCAUCAUCAUCUACUCCAACUGUGCCAUCAUCAUCUGCUCUAACUGUGCCAUCAUCAUCUACUCCAACUGUGCCAUCAUCAUCUACUCCAACUGUGACAUCUUCAUCUGUUCCAACUGGUUGGGGGGGGGUUACACGCCCCUUCCGUACAUCAAUGCAAGUUGUGUAUUUGAAUUCCUGUAAAAUAUAAUUUUAUUAUGUAUACUAUUGAUUUCAAUGUAGUAAAGAUAAAAAUUUUAAUGAAAACAAGUUAUUUUUGAUGCUAGGGUGUAUCAAACCAUCACCACCGCACCCACCUCCAUCGUUAACAUACGCCUCUCAUAUAAUCGGUGGUUUAAUAUAAUUUUAUAACAACUUUUUUUGUAUAUUU